AUGUCUGAUCACGCAGUAGACAAAGCCAAGACAGCUCUGGCACAUUUGGCGUCACUUGACGCUUCUGAUGCAAGCUCGCACGGUGAGAUUGUUCGACAAUGUCAGUCUGUUGUCGACGCUCUCCAGAGCCCCCUAUUAGUUGCCGGAAACCUGAUUUCCAGCAUCACCAUGUAUCCGUCCCUUGUAACCCUUGAGAACCUGGGAGUCUUUCAGAAACUCUCUCAGGGACCGCUGACGGCAGCCGGACUCGCGCAGCAAACUGGCGCAGACCACAAUCUUAUAGGGCUGACCAAGCUCUUGACAGUGCGUCUCAUGCGCGUCGCGGUAGCAUGGGGCUAUAUCAAUGAAACCGGGCCGCAGAGCUAUGCUCCAACAGCCGCUUCGAAUGUCCUUGCACAUCCCUCGUUCGCAGCUGGCCUCCGUUAUUGCCACCUGCUAAGCCAAAGCACACACAAUAUCCCCAGAUUCCUUAAGGAAACCAACUACCGUAACCCGAACAGCUACGAAGACGGCCUGUUUCAAUACAGCUUCCAGACCAAACUCGGCCAUUUCCAGUGGAACGCCGCACAUCCCGAACACGAGCGCGACUUUGACAUGUUCAUGACGAUCCCCCGCACAGCCGGCGCGCCCUGGGCGACUCAAUUCAAGAUCGGCAAGCUCCUCUUUGAAGACGGCGUGGACAUUGAUACCACUGCGCCCCUCUUCGUUGACGUCGGCGGCGGCUACGGACAGGAUCUCCACCACGUCAAGAAGGAACUCGAGUCUCUCCCUUAUACUGUGACGAAGGGGCAACUCGUCGUUGAAGACCGGCCCUCCGCUGUUGACGAGGUUCCUGCCGAUCUACACGAUGAGGAAUUUACGUACGUCAAAUACGACUUCUUUACUCCUCAGCCGAUCCAGGGGGCUAGAGUGUAUAGUUUCAAGACCGUACUGCAUAACUGGGCGGACGAGAAGGCGUUAGUGAUUCUGAAGCAUACGGCGGCCAGCUUCACGCCGGGCUACUCAAAGCUGUGGAUUUUGGAUCGUGUAGUGCCGGAAACCGGUGCUGAUAAGAUUACUGCUUGGCAAGAUAUGAUCAUGAUGGCGACUCUGGGGGCGCUGGAGAGGACGAAGGACCAGUGGACCCAGUUGUUGGCGAAGGCGGGGCUGAAGAUCACCAGCAUCCAUACGAUGCCUGACCAUUUCGGGCUGAUCGAGGCUGUUCUAGAGUAG